CAUUCCCUGCCCAAUCAAAAGGCAAUCGGAGGAUUGAGAGAGAGAGAGAGAGAGAGAGAGAGAGAGUUAUGGGGUGGUGCAACACCAAUGUUCCGUACACCCCAGUUGUUCCCAUGCACUCCUGCACCAAAAGAACAGCACAGGUGCUUUGGUCGACCAACCAUCUCCAGCUACUACUACAAAGAAGAGGUGUACAAGCUCUGGUACACUCGCAUAAGCUCCAAGCUAUCAACGGCUCUUAUUCUCUCUUCAUUGCACUAAAAUCCCCUGCCUCUUCUGGGGAUUACUCUGCCUUCCUUCCCAUCAGCGCGGUGCUUUUUUUUAUCUACUGGAUUGCCAAUUUCGUAGUUCCGGACAUGAUUUCCAAGGAUUUUGAGUCAGAGAAGCCCAGCGAAAAACAGACGCUCGAGGAGUUGAUUGCCUCCCAAGCUGAGAAAGGAAACAAACCCGACGGCAUUGAUUCAAGUGGACGUACAAGAAAGAGGAAUGCUAGGAAGAAAAGCUCCAAAUUGUGAUAAAACAAAAGACUGUAUUCUUCAAUUUUCUUUAAUCUUGGUAGAGUUUUAUUGUCAUGAUAUGAACUACCAGCAGAAUGUCCCACCACAUUGACUGGCUCUCAGCCAUUCCACCAGAGCCAGAAAUCUCUUCAAUUCCACUUUCCCUUUUUUUUUCUUCUUUUUUCUUUUUUUUCUGGACAGGGCAACGAAUCAAUGAACAAACUAAUGAGAUUUCCGGCAGACAAUUAUUUACA